CAGCGAACUGCAGCAACUGCAGCUGAGCCCGACGAACCAUUUCCACUUCCCUAAUCUCCGGCACUUACGGCAGGCACUCGGUCGUUCGACAGUCAACACCACGCAACACUAGUAUUCCGGACUGCGCCAGCACAACUGCUGCGUCCAGCGAUAUCCCGCCCGCCAUGGCGUCGGUCACGUCGUUGGACAAGGACUUGCGCAAGCUGCGCCUCGACAAGUACACGCCCGCCGCGGCGAACGAGGCCCGCCAAUGGAUCGAGGGCGUCCUCGGCGAGCGCCUGCCCGGCGAUGACCUGCUCGAGGGCUUGAAGGACGGCGUCGCGCUGUGCAAGCUCGUGAAUCUCGCGGUCGGGCCGCCCGGCGUCAAGUUCAAGAAGUCCCCCAUGCCCUUCGUACAGAUGGAGAACAUCUCGCAGUUUCUGCACGCCUGCCAGCUGCCACCCCUGAACCUCCAGCAGCACGACAUGUUCUUGACCGUCGAUCUGUACGAGCAAAAGGAUCCCGCCCAAGUGCUGCAAUGCAUUGGCGCCUUCAGCCGUGCUGCCAACAGCGUCAACCCCUCGGCAUUCCCCACAGCCAUCGGUCCUCGGAGCUCGCGCGUCAUGAGCCCCCAAUCGACCGGCCCUACCACACCCACUGGGCUUCGGGCUCGCGGCAUCUCCAAUGCCAGCAAUACAUCGUCGUCGCUCUAUGGCAAGGGUCCUGCCCUGGCUCCGUCCAAGACCGGCGACUCCGGCUCGGGCAGGUGGAGUCCCACCAAGUCACCAGGACAGAGCGCUUCCAGCCCGCCUCCGCCCGUCAGCAGCUGGAGCAAGAAGGAGCAGGAAGGCGCUACGUCGCCCGCCUGGAACAUCGCGCAGUAUGGCUAUAUGGGUGGCGCCAGCCAAGGCAACCUCGGCAUCGCGUUUGGCGGACGUCGGCAGAUCACUAGUGCUGGUCCCUACGUGCCGAACAUGGCCGAGAAGGAAAAGAGGAGAAAGGAGAUGGAAGCAGAGGCGGAGCGGCGACAGCAGGAAGAAGAGCGUCGGCGGAAGGCCGAGAUAGAAGCCGAGGAGGAACGGGCCCGGCUGGAGGAAGAGCGGAGAUGGGAGGAGGAGACCCGCCGUCUCAGGGAAGAAGAGCGACGGAGGAUCGAAGAGGAGAAGAGGCGAUGGGCCGAGGAAGAGCGCCAAUGGAAGCUCACGGAGGAGAAGCGCCGCAGGGAGGAGGAGGAGGCCGAGGCCAGGCUGAAGGAGGAACGCCAAAAGGCCCGCAACCGGAAGAGCAACACGCAGCUGCGCGGCCAGUACCUGAGCCAAUAUCAGGCCGAACAAGAGUCAGCAGACAAGGCGCGCAUCCGAGAGCUGGAAAAGCAGCUCGAGGAGGCGCGCCGACGCGAAGCCGAGUACGAGAAAGAACGCCAGGGACGCUCUCUCCGACCGGGCACCAGCGAGGACGCGAAGGCCCGGUCCCGGUCGCGCAGUCGUGCGGCGCAACCGGUCUCUAGGCAGGAUUCGUGGAGCGUGCGCGACGAGCGCGACUUUCUCGCUAAGCAAUGGACACAGCAUCAACAGCAGCUGGAGCAGCACGAAGAAGAGCCGGGCGACGCCGCGGCUCCGCCGCCUCCCCUUCCCACCGCGCCGCGACCUCUUCCGGACCCAGCGACCGCGGCUGUCGCGCCCGCCAAGGUUAAGACCCACAGGACAGGCGAGGCGCCGCCGGCCUUUCCGGUCCGGAAACAGCACACCGGCUCACGACCGCUUCCGGACCCCGCUGCCUACGCGUCCAGCUCUCCGGAGGCGUCGCGGCAGCGCCAGCAACCGGCGCCACUAUCACCCGAACCGUUGUCACAACGCCCACCCCAACCAAAACCACAAACCAGCCCAGCCAUGUCCCGCACCGACCGCUUCCCAGCCAGCAACCCCUCCCCGGCUCAAGACGCGCCGAAACCGACCUACGCGCGCGAGCUCCUCGGCGCCACGGACGAGCGCGACGCCGAGGACCGCCGCCGCGCCGAGGCCCAGAAGAAGACCGCGGCCGCCGGCCGCGCGUCCAAGUCGCUGCUCGAGCGCGAGAUGGAGCUGGAGCGGCAGCGGCAGCGCGAGUGGGAGGAGGCGCAGAAGGAGACGGCCAGGGCGGCCCGGCCGGCCGACGGCGCCGUCGACGGCAUCGGCGGCGGCAUCGGCGGCCGCUGGGACGUCAGCCAGUGGACCGGCUACACCGGCGGCGACAACCAGAACCGCGGCUCCCAGGGCAUCGGCGCAGGCAGGAGGCAGAUUGUCGGGCCCAGGCCGCUGCCUAAUCCGCCGCGGUAGCUUGGGGGUCCGCGCAGGUAUUGGGGGGGCAUGGGGGGACGAAAGGGAUAAGGCGGUGGGGAAUGGAAAACAGGGAUAGACAAGUCCCCUUGCAUUUUGGAGUACAGAAUAAGUACCUUAGCUACACAG